UGCCGUCGACGCGAUCGCGAGAGGGAUCGCUUCCUUCACACAAAACUAUCAUACGACUUUAUCGAGCCCCAAAGAACGAUUGCAAAAACAAACAAUGAAGAUUGAUUUGGGUUGGCAAUUGGGGUUGAUGCCCCCAAAGCCGACUGUUCGAGAGCCCAAGAUGUUUCAGUCUCAUCCUCCCACUUCACCGUUCUUUCACGCUGGGGCGGCACACUUGAUGGAGCUGGAGAUGACCAGUGCUACGUUGCAAGUAAUGAAGAUGACACCUGUGAGCCGGCGUCGGACGACUGCCUGUGCUGCUUUGACGACGCUGACAACCACUUCGACGAUUUUUCUUUCGAUGUCGGAUUCGAGCUUACGACCAGUGUUCUCCUUGUUAGAAAAGACCGUGUUGAAAGUUGGUUACUAUGCAGUUAGAGGGGCCUCUGGGGGGAAUGGAGUGUUCUACUUGUUGUUUGCUGCUGCCGUGUUUCUAGCAAGCAGAAACCACAACCAACGUCAACUGAUCCGCGAUGAGCAGUGAGUGCUUAUGUGGUUUCAUUCACUCGAACUAUUGUGUUGGAUAAUCGAAUAGUUUGGCACUACUUCGAGCCAAGCCAACCUGAUUGACGCUCAAAUGUGGAUGGCAGCUGCUUAAAAGCACAGAAAGCACAGUAAGCGUAGAACACAAUUGACCAACCUAUCUAGAUAAAAUGACU